GAUCUAGUGCCUUCCUAUAAUACAACCCUUGCCAGUUCUUGUGAUUGGCUAACACAGGGACUUUACGCUGAUUUUACAGGAAUGUUCUAAGACAUUUUGUGGAAAUGAUCGUAAGAACCGCCUAUAAAAAGAUGAUUGGUUUUGAAAAGGGUGCCAAGUCACACACUAUGUGCAUAGGGUUGCAGAGUUGCUGAAAUUAUCUCGCCAGGAAAACAGUACCAUUGCAUGUGCAGAAUGAAUCAAUGGGAAGAGGUCCAGAAGCUCGACGUCAGGUUUCAGGAGCAAGUAGCCAGCCUGUACAGCAACUUUCCCAUGGAGGUGCGGGAAGAGCUAGCCACGUGGAUUGAGAGCCAGGACUGGGAUACGGCCUCAAACCAUGAGCCUAUGGCUGUGGUCCUGACCUCCAGCCUUCUGGCUGAGCUUGAAAAGCAGUGCUCUCACCAGCAGAGCUUUUGUCACAGGCACACGCUGAAGAGAAUCAACCAACAGCUGCAGGAAACAUACAAAGACAGCCCCUUAUUCAUGGCCAGUGUCAUAGCCAGCUUUCUGAGAGAGGAAAGACGGAUAAUCGCAAUGGCCAGUGAAAUGGAGCAGGGAUCCCAGGAAAUGUCUAUGCAGAAUUCUCUGGUACCUGAGAGACACAAGUACAUAGAUACCCAGGUGGCCAUCACCAGGUGCUCAGUACAGAGAUUGGAUCAGAAAAUGAAGGUUAUGGAGGACAUGCAAGAUGACUUUGAUUCCCGAUACAGAAAGGUCUUCUCUGGAGAUCCAGCCAAUGGAACUCCAGAGUUUCUGAAAGAGGAAGCCUUUAAGUUGCAAGAGGUAUUCAGUGAAGUAGACUGUAAACGGAAGGAGGUCCUUACUGAAAUCACAGUGGUUGUCAGAGACAUUGAUGUGCUGAUGAAUUCUGAGCUUGUGCUUGAGCUGAAUGAUUGGAAACGGCGUCAGCAGAUUGCCUGCAUCGGGGGACCAUCAGCAACUGAACUCGACCUGCUCCAGAACUGGUUCACACUAACAGCUCAGAGCCUGUUCCAGAUCAAACGACAACUGGACAAACUGCAGGAGCUGGUCAGGAAAGUCACCUAUGAGGGCAACCCUGUUGACCAGCAAAGAGCUCAACUAGAGGAAGUGGUCAAUCACCUUAUCUCUCUCCUCAUUAAAAGCUCAUUUGUGGUGGAACUGCAGCCCUGCUUGUCCAACUUGUCUGAGAAACCUCUUGUCAUAAAGACUACGACCCAGUUUUCCACCAAGGUCAGAUUGUUGGUUAAACUACCCGAGGUGGACUAUCAGCUAAGAGUCAAGAUAACAUUUGACAAGGACCCACCCCCUAACCGAGUGUGCCGACACUUCACCAUGUCAGGCAAUAAUACAAAAGUGAUGGAUGUUGAGUCAUCAAAUGGCUGUCUCUCUGCAGAGUUCAAACGCCUGGAGCUGAGAGAGCAGAAGUCUGUAAAUGGAGUGAAGGGGCAUGAGAGUUUUCUCACAGUAACAGAGGAGCUCCAUGCUAUCAGCUACCAGGCCCAGUUCUGCAUACGAGGCCUAACAGUUGACUUGGAGACACACUCACUUCCCCUGGUGGUCAUCUCCAAUCUCAGCCAAAUGGCCAACGGAAGGGCCUCAAUCAUGUGGUACAACAUGCUGACCGAAGAACCCAAGAAUCUGUUGUUCUUUACUAGCCCGUCAAGUUGCACCUGGGCUCAGCUGUCUGAGGUUCUCCACUGGCAGUUCUCCUCCUUUGUCGGGCUUGGGCUCAACAGGGAACAGCUGAGCAUGCUGGGAAAUAAACUUCUGGGUCCACAGGCCUCCUACAAUGACUGUCAAGUUUCUUGGGCUAUGUUCUGUAAGGAGAACCUUCCUGGGAGGUCUUUCACUUUUUGGAUGUGGCUGGACUCCAUCCUGGAAUUCAUCAAGAAAUACCUGCAGAAUCUCUGGAUGGAUGGGUGCAUCAUGGGAUUUGUGACUAAGGAGCGAGAGCGGAUUCUGCUGAAGGACAGGGAGGUGGGGACUUUUCUGCUGCGUUUCAGCGAGAGUCAUCUGGGAGGGAUCACCUUCACCUGGGUGGACCAGUGCAAUGACCGAAACGUAAAGCUCAGUUCGGUUGUCCCUUAUACAAAACAACGCCUCAGCACUCUGCCUUUCGCCAACAUCGUUCGCGAAUACAAGCUGAUCAACAAUGGUGUCCUGUCCGAAAACCCGCUGAAGUUUCUGUACCCACACAUCCCCAUGGAGGAGGCCUUUGGGAAACAUUGCAUUAAACAGCAGGUUGCAGCAUUUGAUUACCUCCAGUCUGAUUUUAUGCCCAUCUCCAUUGUUUCUGACUCCAGGCUUGCAGAUUCUCCACCCCUGGAGAUGCCUGUCCUGUCACCAUGGUCACCAGAUACCAUUUCCCAGUCCUUGGACCCUUCCAACUUCCUGCGUGACCUGUUGAGUGAGAAUGAGAUGAGUUUAUCAUUUUCAGAGUGAUAAGCAACGCGGGUCCUCCAGCAUGCAUCCUGGUGCAGUGACCUUCCAGAAAUGAUACACCUUCAUCUCUGUCUUCUGGUAUGACAGAGAGAAAAGGAACAUAAGCUCUCAUUUCUUUUUUUCUUUGAGAGUUAGAAUCAGGGGUUAAAUUUGGGGUGGACGCAGGUGGACGGUGUCCACCCACCUUAGUUUAAAGAAAAGUUUUGCGCCCCACCAAUUUUCAGCUCGCCAGUCGCUGCUAAGAAAGAUGGAUAAAGGAGGAAGAAAGAGAGGACAAAAGAGGAGAAUGACCGAUUAUUUUCGUGGGUAAAAAAAUUCUCAGCAUUACAACUUUCGGAACUUACAUUAGUCACAGGUGUCAAAUAAAAGGUGUUUUCCUGUUGACCCUUCACUGUAAAUACUGCAGAUAGCUAUUGCUUUUAAAACAUUCAUUUAACAUUCAUAAGAACAUCUUUACAACUAAAGGUAUCAAACGACAAUCUAUUGUAUCAGACAAAAUUUUCUAAUACCCUCGUUCCACAAAUACCCAAAUGUGUGGUUGGAAUGCGUGUUGAAAUAUGAGUUUAGAAUGUUUAGAAAGUCAAAUUGGCUAUGUUGACAUGUUAUGUUUUUUUUCUUUGUAUUUUCUUUUUUUUGGUUAAUAAUAUUUGUCCUGGAAAACUAAAUGUCAACAUGAACCUUUCAUUAAAGCGUGUGUUUACACUUCUGGAGA